ACCUCGACGUGGGAAUAACUGCACUUGGGAAUCCUGAUUCUGAUAUGCGAGUUUUCCUUCUGCGCUUCAAUCCGCCAAUCCUGAUUUAAGCUUUAUUCAGCCUCGGACGAGUCAAGCGCUGACUCGUGCGCGAGGCGGAGAGACUAGAGAGAAUCUUGUUUGUCUGCUCUCUCUCGUACUCUGAUUCUCUCUCUCAGUCUGUCUCUCUCUUCGUAUUUUGUUUCUCUUUUGCUGUACUCACUGCAACUGAGCAAACAUGGGUUUCUCUGUAUUGGAGGGUUUUACCAAGUCUCUUGCCAUGACAGUGCUUUCUGAAAUUGGAGACAAGACAUUUUUUGCUGCUGCUAUCUUGGCAAUGCGCCACCCAAGGAGGACUGUCUUGCUAGGCUGCUUGGCAGCUUUGAUUGUAAUGACUAUUCUUUCUGUGCUUCUUGGCUGGGCUGCCCCCAAUAUGAUUUCUCGCAAGUGGACUCAUCAUAUAACAACGAUAUUAUUCUUGGCAUUUGGGCUUUGGUCCUUAUGGGAUGGAUUCACUGACGAAGGGGAGGCUGAAGAGUUGGCUGAAGUUGAAGCAAAACUGGAUGCUGAUUUGAAGGGAAACACAGGAAAAACCAAAUCAGAUCCCAAGGCAGAUGAUGAUUUAAAAAAGAAGAGGAAGCCCUUUCUCACACAGUUCUUCUCACCCAUAUUUUUAAAGGCAUUUUCUAUUACCUUUUUUGGCGAGUGGGGUGACAAGAGCCAAAUUGCUACAAUUGGUUUGGCUGCAGAUGAAAAUCCAUUGGGCGUGGUCCUUGGUGGAAUCAUAGGACAAGCCUUAUGUACUACUGCAGCAGUACUUGGUGGGAAGAGUUUGGCAUCUCAAAUAUCUGAGAAAAUGGUUGCAUUCUCAGGUGGAAUUCUUUUUCUAGUAUUUGGUAUCCAGUCCUAUUUAUCGACCGUUGAACCAUGAUGUAAAAGGCUUGCUGAUUGAAUGAAUCCGCAUCCUAUAAUUCCUUGUACUGAUGCACAUUUUUUUUUUGCUGCAUUUCAACAUAAAAAUGAAUUUUUUUGACAUCUUUUUUUUUUUUGGAUUGCUAUGACCUCUUGGACUCUCACUCUUUGGAGGGCAAUAGCUUUUAUUAGGGAAAAAGGAAACAUUGUAUCUUUUUUUGGUACAACAGGAAACAUUGUAUAAGGAAAUAAUGUCUUUGUGCAAUUAAAGUUUUCUGUGUCAUUAGAAGCCUCCGGUAUGGGGAAUGA